AAGAUUACUUUUGUAUAUUCUACCUACUACUGUAUAAACUGAGCUUUAACAACAGUCUAUAAACUGAGGGACAGUCCAGGUAGUUAGGCUUCAGAUAUAGAACAAGGUGCUCAGGGAGCACUCCAGGAAAUACAUAACUAAAGACAAUCUCUCAAAAAUUCUGCAGAGGUAAAAGCAUGGGCAGUUGGGCCAAGCUGAAGUCCUCCAGCUGGGGUUAUCCUACUGCAGUCCUGUCACUCUAUGGCUUUUUUGCUAACUGCAGAGUAGCAGAGCCCUUCCUAACACCAUACCUAAUUGGACCACACAAGAACAUCUCUGGAGAAGUGGUCACCAACUACCUGUUCCCGAUCUGGACGUAUUCCUACCUCGCCUUCCUUUUCCCCGUCUUCCUCCUGACUGACUUCCUGAGGCACAAGCCCCUCAUUGUGGUACAGGGGCUCUUCCUGGUCACCAACUAUGUCCUGCUCUGUUUUGCCCCGGGACUGACUGCGAUGAUCUUCCUUCAGAUCAACUAUGCUGUAGUGACUUCCACAGAGGUGGCCUAUUUUUCCUACAUUUACAGUGUGAUUCCAGUUGAGAAUUACCAAAGAGCAACUGGUUAUCUGCGCAGUGCUAUGCUAACUGGGUAUACAUUUGGUGCCAGCCUGGGCCAAGUGCUGGUCUCCUUGGCAGGAGUGGACUACUUCUACAUAAAUGCAAUCACUCUGGGGUUCGUAAGCAUGGCUUUUAUCAUCUCCUUCUGGUUGCCCAUGCCCCAGAAGAGCCUGUUUUUCAAAGGGAUAAAGGCAGCAGCAGUGGGCUCCCAGUCCCAACAGGAGGGACCUCUGGGAGUGGAUGUGCACGAGGAACCAGUGGUGGAUAAAGAUGAAGCUGGCUCAGGGAGAGAGAAGAUGGAGCAUAAUGGCAGAGCUGGCUGGUGCAGCUCGGGAAAUGUGGCCUCCGCGGGCCAUCUACUUUGGCAAAGCUUCAGGGAGUCAUAUUCUUCCAGGGAUGUAAUCUACUGGUCUGUGUGGUGGGCUCUGGCCACAGCUGGCUAUGUGCAGGUGUUCAACUACAUCCAGCUAAUGUGGGACCAUAUAGAACCUUCUGCAACAUCGUCCAUCUACAAUGGAGGUGUAGAGGCUGUGUGCUCCCUUGUAGGUGCUGCAGCAGCCUUCUCCGUGGGCCACAUCAAGGUGACCUGGGCCGUGUGGGGAGAGCUGGCAUUAGGGUUGUUCUCAGCUGUAGCGACAGGUGCUGUGUUUCUGAUGGCGCUCACCAGCAGUAUCUGGGCAUGCUAUGCUGCUUAUGUCAUAUUUAAGUCCUGCUACAUGCUUCUCAUCACAAUCACAACAUUUCAAAUUGCAUCCAACCUCUCCAUGCAGUGCUACGCCUUGACCUUCGGGAUCAACACCUUUGUAGCCCUUUCCCUGCAGACCAUUUUAACAGUCCUAGUUGUUGAUGAAGCUGCACUGGGACUGGACAUUGUGACACAGUUCAUCAUCUACGGCAGCUACUAUGCUGUCAUCUCGAUGCUCUUUCUGAUUCGAGGGAUCUACACAGCCUGUAAAAAUCAACGCAAUCUUGAGCACACUGAAACCAAGGAACUAGACUCUAGUGUUGUAAUCUCUGCUGAGCGUUUCUGACCAAGGGCAAUCUUGAUAAUACUCAAUAUCAGGUGAAUGUUCCAAUUGUUCAUGGGAAAUAAAAUAACCCUACAUAAACAGUAUUACUGUACUCUUAUGUUGCCCCUAGAUAGCAAUGGUCUG